AUGUCGGGGUUCUGCGGUCUAAUAAACUUCUUUGCUCGUCACACGCGGACACAACAACUGGCGAUCAGGGUCAGGAAUAAAGAAGACCCGGAAGAAGCGCGAAGGAAGUCAAGAAGAAAGAAGACUAAGAAGCCAAAGGAUAUCAGAAGAAACAAGAACGAGUUCUUCAGAAAACCUGAAGGUGCCGAGAGGAACCGAAGACAAGCCUUCGGAGUCGCAGCUCGAGAAGCUUUUUUCAGCAAUGAAGUCAACAAGGAUCAAUACGAUCAACACAAGGAGCCAAGUCCAACGUUCGUUUAUUGGUUCAAGAGAUACGGUCUUGUCAUCAGAGAUUCAACCUUGUCGGACAGCAGGAAGCGCGAUUUGAUCGUUAUGAAGCUGGACGAGGAUGCAUAUCGCAGGUAUGCUGAUGACAUCUUACCGAAAAAGCCACACGAGUUCGGGGUCGAGACGACAGUCACGAAUCUGAAAGAGCUUUUUGCGUCCAAGAAGACAUUGAUUCGACGACAGUACGACUGUCUCAGGAUAAAGUGCUCGCCGUUGAAUGCCAGUUAUGUAUCACUCUGA